AUGGCCGAAUCGAAUAUUUUCAAGAAGAACGUUGUGUUCCGAGCAAUUUCCGGAAAACAAAUCGAACUUGAGGCUGUCUAUGAGGAUUCUUUGCCGAGUGGAUCGUCGAUUGGCACGGUAAUUGCUGUUCACGGAUCACCAGGAUCUCACAAAGACUUCAAAUAUGUCAGGGAAAAGUUGAAUGAAAUGAAAAUCCGUUUCAUCGGCGUCAAUUUUCCCGGAUUCUGCAAUACUCCAGGAUAUCCUGGCCAAGAUUUCGGCAACGAAGAACGUCAUGCAUUUUCAAAUGCUCUUAUUGAAGAGCUCAACAUUCCCGGAAAAAUUAUCAUAAUGGGGCACAGUCGUGGAAACGAGAACGCCUUGAUGACAGCGGUCGAGAAAAAUGUACAUGGUCUGGUGAUGAUCAAUCCUAUCGGCUUCCGAAGGCACAAGGGAAUCUCGCCGAAGUUUUCUUUGGAGGGCCUCGAGUGGGCGUACGAUUGCCUUCCAUCGUUUAUUGGAAACGCGAUGAUCUACAAGGUAUAUCAAAUGAUUGGGUUUAAAGUGAAAAGUGCCGAAGAAUGUAUUAAUGCUCUUCGCACAAUGAAUCGAUGUUAUCUUGACAAGCAGCUUGAACAUGUGGAGAAGCUGAACAAGAGCAACACGAAAGUAAUGUUCCUGUUCGCUGGAAAGGAUCAUCUCAUGGAGCAGGAGAUCAUGUUUGAGGCAUUGGAUAAGUAUUACGGACUGAAACACUUUGAAUUUGACAAAAAGAUCCCACAAGAAGAAAUGAAGCCGAUACUUGAAGAAAUAUCGUCUGGGGCAAAGGGGGUCUCGGUGUUUGUGAAGAAUGACAACCAUUUCCAGAACAAGUCUCAAGCCGAGCUUGUUGCCAAUGUGACUCAGAGAAUGCUCAAUGAUUCUCUACCUUCUGGAUCAAAUGUUGGCACCCUAGUUGGGUUUCAUGGAGCGUUUGGGUCUCAUAACGACUUCAUGCACAUUCUACAAUGCAUGGAUCGUAGGAUACGAUUCAUUGGAAUCAAUUAUCCGGGAUUUGGGUUCACUGCUGCUUAUCCCGGGCAAUCUUUCUGCAAUACAGAACGCCAGAAUUUCACGAAUUCGCUUCUAGACAGCUUGCAAAUCAACGGCAAAAUUGUGUAUAUCGGGCAUAGUCGAGGGUGCGAGAAUGCGCUGAUGACUUCUGUGGAGAGAAAGGAAACCUGCCAAGGUCUCGUUAUCAUCAAUCCGGUAGGAUUAAGGCCAUCGAAAACGAUUAUUCUUUUGAAAUAUUUGAAAAUGUUCUAUGGAAUUCUUCCAAAAUCGCUUGCAGAAUAUUUCAUUUUUCAUGCUUAUACCAUAUAUGGGUUCAAGCAUUUGCCAAAUGGGAGGGCUGCAAUUAAUUCAAUUGAGACGGUUCUCAGCACCGCUUUGAACAAAAAGCUUCCUUAUAUCGAAAAGUUCAAUGAAACAAAUCACAAACUGUUUUUGAUACACUCGGGAAACGAUUUUGUGAUCGAGCCUGAAAUAAUUGAAGAGCUUCUCGACAAAUAUAAAGGGCUCGAACAUUUUAGAUUUGAAAACGACAUCGAUGAAUUCAGCGAAAACGCGAUUUUGAAAGCGUUGCGCAAUUCAAAGCGUGCCAGCGUCUACGUGCAAAACGAUGAUCAUUUUCAAAAUAAGACGAGGUGCGAUUUAAUUGCAAAAGCCAUCCAAACUAUUUUUUAUUAA